AUGUCGUUCUGGGAUGUCACAUUCUCGGUCUUGAUCAAGGGCGAAGAUAAGACCGGCCUCAAUGUACAAAGAUUCGAGCAACUUUGGGAAACGAUGUUCACACUGCUGCCCCUGUGCGAGUUUGAUUCGUCUGGCAUACUCGUCUCCGAAUCCCGGCACAGUGUCGCUAUGGACGGCUGGGCUUUGCCUCAGCUUGCCCUGAAGCGAGUCUUCCAAUUGUAUAAAGCAAACAAUCGACAACCGCCUGGGUUUAACGAUUACUGUAGAACCAUCGUGCGUCGAUGCGUAUACUUGGUCGAACACUGGGGAUGGUACAAAUGCGGCGGCGUCAUUGGCACCGUCUUCGAUUUCUUCGGUUCACAAAAUCUAUCAAAUCUGCGAAACGAAGAAGUCUUCCAGUCACCCGCUUUUCUCGAGCGUUUGCACGUCGAAACGGCCUUACGAGUCGAGCCAGAAGACCGCUGCUUUCACAUCUUCCUAAAGCUAGUCGCUCUCACCAUUCAACGCCUGGUACAGACUGGAUCCGACAGAGAGAUUCGCAACCUCGUCGCGCGGACUCUGCCGAAUCACGACCGCCAGUACCUCAAGGAGCAGAAUGUUCACCAGCAUGAUCUUGCUGCUCUUCGCAACCAUCAUGACCUUCUCUGUACCCUCUUUUGGGCGACACCUGCUGAGUUGCGCCCCAGCACACUUCUUGCUCUUUUGGAGAAGCUUGUCGUUCCUUCAAGCUCUCACAAGGAAGCCUGCCUCAUAAACCUCAAGGCCUGGGCCCAACUGGCAAGGUUUGUGGUUCACAAGGAAUCAGUGGCAGCGUUCAGGCCAUUUCAUCUCUGGCAGGGAAGCGCUUUUCAACAACUCCUGGACCAGUACGACUCGACAGCUUCGGACAUACAGCAACAGUUGUCGUCCAUGUCCAAAGACGCUAGUCACGGCAUCGACCAGAAUCUCAUCAACGGCAUCAUAGCCAGUAACAAGUCUGCCACCAUGGAAGUCAUUCGGUAUUCCGUGACGAUCUCGCUCGAUGUUGCGAAGUACGCAAGAAGCUUGGAGCUCUCUAUUUUUGCUGGGAAUAUUGUUCAACUUCGGCACGUUUUCCGUCAAUUUUCCAAGUCGCCGGCGGAAUAUCCACUGAGUUUACUCAAGGAUGCUGUCGCGACUGUCGAUGUUUUCUUGGUUCAUGUCGAGAGGGCCCUUGGCCGUGUUCAAACAGAGAACAAUGCGGCGGGGCUUGAAGACGGCAUCAUGAAGAUAGACAAUGACCUCACUGCGGACUUCUACGCAAUGGCCAGAGGCAUGUUGCAGACUAGCUCGACAGGCGAUCACUCCCCACAGACGAAGUCCAAAACGGAGGAAGCAAGGGAGCAGGUUGUGACGGUAGCUGGCCGAUUGGCUGCAAUUUUGAUCCGAUGCGGCACUAUUCGUCUAUCACGAUGUUUCAAGAUCAGUCAACGCAGCAAGGCAGGGAAAUAUGAGCUCUUCGAAGGGCUGCCAAGUCAGCUUGGCCCGCUGCAGAGUCGCUAUCUCCCCCUUUUCCUCGCCAACCUACACAAGGAAUUAGAUCUGACAGACGUUGGCGUAUCAGUUCUGCAGUUAACGUCCCUACGGAUAUCGUCGACACCUUCACAGAAGAAGUCCAACACAUCCGACUAUUCUGCUGCACUCAAGGCAGUCAUGCAACGGAUCCAGAACGAUUUGCAUGAAUUUUCUGUGACAAACGAUGGACAACACACAAGAUACGUUCAGUUUGUACGCCGCGUUGUGUCCUUGGUCAAGUCCCACACAACGGAAAUCUUCCAAAUUCCGCCCUUCUUCUACCAAGUCAGCAAAGAAUACUCGCCGCCCGUGCAGGACCCGCACCUUCAAGUAGACAGCAUCAAAUCGUACGGCCUCCGACUGAACGAGGGCGAUUCCCCGGCGAUGCCACAGUUAUUCUACUACAUGUACAACAACUUCAAACAGGCUCUCUUGCAUGGCAGACUCGGGCACGAGACGCGCAUUCUCGCCAAGGGCAUGAAGGACGAUGCCAUUCUGGGGUUCAUACUCGGCAAGAUGCUGCCGGUGAUCCUCUCAGCUUCAGUUAUGAAGCCCGAGGCUUUCGUCCUAUUCGACACGUAUUGCGAGGCCAUCAGGCUGCGAUUGGAUGGCGUGGCUGCUCGACAGAUGGAUCAAUCCCGCGAGCAGCUUCCCACGCUGUUUCGGGCCAUGAUGCGAUGGAUUCGCGGGGUCCGGUGUUUGAAUGAUGGCAUCCUCUGCGUAGAGCACUUGCACCUCUUUCGAAAGAUGGUCGUAUUACUGGCCAUGCUCCAACCCACCCUGACGGCGGCAUCAUACGACACUUCAGCACCUGCUGCUGCCUGGUCGGCCAUGCAGCAAGCGCUUAGCUGCUGGUCAGAAGCCACGAAGAACGCGGAGUCCCGCCUCGCAUCCAGUCUCGCCGAUCCGUACGAGGAUGACGUGUCCGCCGGCCUGUUUCAGGACGUUAUCAUGGAAGACGGGUUUGUCGGCGAGGACGAAACUUUGGUGGCCAGCCUGGCGAGGGGCACCAUUACGGACUUUGAGAGAAACUGGCUGGUGACGGCCGAGCUGAUCGUUGCCCAGGCACCCGCGCGAGCCACGCAGGCGGGACAGGGGCUGGCGAGGCCGCACUGGGACAUGGAGGAGCUGGGACAGAGUCUUCUGCGUGAGUUGCAGAGGUGGAACGCGUGGUGGGCGAGGUGCAGGGCGCACAUGCAGGACGAGCUCGUCAGUGAGGCAGAGGAGAUGAUGUUAUUGUAG